AAAGGUACAUCAUAUAUACUAAUACAAACAUUUGACAUUAGUUACAAACUGUAUAUAUGUUGUGUAUGGAAAGCUGUUGUGUCCACUAUGUCCAGUUAUGUAUGCUAUGUCCUGUUUUCUGAUCAGGAUUUCUGAACUCUAUUAUAACUUUAUGGGAUCACGGGCAUAUAUGUGGUUGGAUGUUGUCUAAACGGACAUUAUGUGGUGCAUGACUGUAUGUUGUAUAAUGAAUGUUAUGGUUUUUGAUGACUUUAAAAUAUGUAUCUUGCAGUGGAGGAGGCUUUUGGAUUUUGGCUCUUGCUCAAAGUUUGUUAUGACACCAUACUACCAGGAUUGGUUAGAAAUGACAUAGACAACUCACUUCAGCACUUCCCUUAUAAGAGGAGUCUUCUUGUACUCUAAAGUGCUCUAUUUUAGCACCCAAAGUAUGGUUUAGCAACUUUUUCUCUUCUCACUACAUGAGGGAGCCAAUGGAUUGGUGCUAUUACAUUUGACGGAGGUCACUUACCAGAGAAUUCCAUUGGUCAGGGAUCAAGUAGUCAUGGUUGUGUACCGUCCAGGGGCUGCAAAUAGAGAAUUCUGGAGAGAAGCCUCCAGAGGGCUGGUGUAUAAGUCUCUUGUUUCCUAGGCUUCACGGGCAAUUUAACAGGUAAACUAUCUGUACUUCAGCUUACUUACAAAAUUAACUUUUUUUGUAAAAAUUAUAUAUUAAACAUUUGCCAAUUCAACAGUGUUUAUGUGGAUAACUUGGUCACAUUGAUUACAUUUAUCAUGUGCAGUAUUUACAAAAUGGGAAUUGUAACCUCUUCUCAGUCAGCAAACAUAAGGGCAUGCUGUUCCUGUUUCUGCAGAGGUAGUGUUGUUUGUCAUCUUACAGCAUUAGACUGUGUUUAGUGAGGGUGUAUGAGUUUGUUGAGGGGAGCAGUGACUAAUAAUCGGUGUACUGUUGCAUCAGGUCUCAAAAUUUUAGAAUUGUGGGGAGAUCUGGAUUCUUAUGUUUCCUGUCUCACCUGAGCUCUUUUUAACUUUUAUUCUCUUUGCCUGUCUCUAUGAAAGGAACAGGAGGAUAACAAAUGAGUUUCUGAAAAGUAGGUGACAUGUAAAAAUUCAUAAUUCUCUAAAAGAAUAUUCUUUUUUCGGAGGUGGGUCUGUCAAUGCCUGAUCUAGAGUUCAAGAAAAUAUGACCAGCUCAGGGCCUUGGGUUGCCAGUUUGUGCAGGUCUUUGGUCCUCUUAUGGCUGUGAGGGACAAAAGGAAAACUGCCAUUCUGCAGUGUUUCCUAGUGGUGAGUACCUCAUCGUGCCUACACCUUGUGCUUUAUGUAUUGUUGAGUGUUCUGGUGGGUCUUAUGGAAGGUGUUGUAAUUGUUUAUUCACAAGGAAGUAAUGAUCUGAAUUAGAGCAUUUCUCUAAUUUCUGCUAUGUUUUCUAACUAUUCUAGGCCACAGAGAGGAAUGAGACUGUAAUUGGUUGCAAUCAAACUGUGGAGACGUAACAUAUUUCAGUGUGUUGUAGUCUGUGAGACAGGAUGCAGUGAGAAAGUGAAUGUAGUUAAUGAAGGGACGACCCUAAGUAGACCUCGGUAGAACACAGAACCUUGCGUCAGAUGCCUAUGAAUUCUCAGUUCCCCAGUACUGUCAGCCUCACUCUUUGUUCUUGUACAUAUUGGAGUACAUGGUACCUUGCUGAUCCAGAAUGUGUGGGAUGUUUUAGGACUCAGUGGUUGUUGAGGAUGUGACCGUGAUCUUUAGCCAGGAAGAGUGGGCUUUGCUGGAUCUUGUUCAGAGGAAACUCUACAGAGAUGUGAUGAUGGAAACCUUCAGAAACCUGGCCACAGUAGUCUCUCGAAACCUUAAUGAUGGAGAAAGGUUAUCCAGUGAACAUAUAAUGGUGCAAUUCAUGAAGAAUAACACCUGGUCCUACGUGUUAGGAGAAAUCUUCGAAUGGCGUAGCAGUACAGAUCAGCAUAAAAACCAGGGGAGACAUUUGAGAAAUCAUACAGUAAAGAACCUCUGUGAAAGUAAUGAAGACAAUCAGUGUGGGAAAACCUUAAGCUGGAUUCAAGAUCUUACUGUGAUAAAAAGAAAUCCUCCAGAAGUAAAUGUUUUUGAAUGCUGUGAGUGUGGAAAAGCCUUCAUGGAUCACUCAUCACAAAAACAUCAGACUAGAUCUCACACUGGAUGCAAUACUUAUCAGUGUAAGGAGUCUGGAGAAGCCUGCCUUUGUCCCUCUCACCGAACCACUCCUAUGAGAACUCUUAAUGGAAAGAAAUGCCAUAAAUGUAAGAUAUGUGGGAAGGACUUCACUUGUGUCUUAGCCCUUAAGAAUCCUGUGACAACACUCACUGGUGAGAAUUGCUAUGAAUGUAACAAAUGUGGGAAAGAUUUCUGUAGUUUCUCAUCCUUUUGGAUACAUGUGAGAAAUCAUAAGCAUGUAUGUAAAGAAUGUUGUAAAACCUAUAGCUGUCCAUCAUCCCUCAUGUUACAUAAAAAGUUUCACAACAGAAAUAAGCCUUAUGAACGUAAGGAAUGUAGGAAAGCCUUUAGUGAGACCUUAUCCCUCACUCAACACACAAGAACUCACAGUGGAGAGAGACCUUAUGAGUGUAAGCAAUGUGGGAAAGCCUAUAGUCGUUCCUCAGCCCUUACUACACAUACAAGAACUCACAGUGGAGAGAAGCCUUACGAAUGUAAGGAAUGUGGGAAAGCAUUUAGUCAGGCUUCAUCUCGCACUCAACAUAUAAGAACUCACAGUGGAGUGAGACCUCAUGAAUGUAAGGAAUGUGGGAAAGCUUUUAGGUAUUCCUCACACCUCACUAAACAUAUAAGAACUCACAGUGGAGAGAGGCCUUAUGAAUGUAAGGAAUGUGGGAAAGCCUUUAGUUGUUCCUCAAACCUCACUUCACAUAUAAAAACUCACAGUGGAGAAAGGCCUUAUGAAUGUAAGCAGUGUGGGAAAGCCUUUAGUUAUCCCUCAGUCCUAACUAGGCAUAAAAGAACUCACAGUGGAGAGAAACUUUAUGAAUGUAAGGAAUGUGGGAAAACUUUUAGUUGUUCCUAUUACCUCUCUGAACACAUAAGAACUCACAAUGGAGUGAGGCCUUAUGAGUGUAAGCAAUGUGGGAAAGCCUUUAGUUGUUCCUCAGCCCUUACUACGCAUAUAAGAACUCACAGUGGAGAGAGGCCUUAUGAGUGCAAGAAAUGUGGGAAAACCUUUAGUCGUUCCUAUUCCCUCUCUGAACACAUAAAAAUUCAUAGUGGUGAGAGGCCUUAUGAGUGUAAGGAAUGUGGGAAAGCCUUUAGUUGUUCCUCAGCCCUCACUACACAUAUAAGAACUCACAGUGGAGAGAGACCUUAUGAAUGUAAGGAAUGUGGAAAAGCCUUUAUUCAGCUCUCACACCUCACUGCACAUAGAAGGACUCACAGUGGAGAGAGGCCUUAUGAAUGUAAAGAAUGUGGGAAAGCCUUUAGUUGUUCCUCAGCCCUCGUUACACAUGUAAGGACUCACAGUGGAGAGAGGCCUUAUGAAUGUAAGGAAUGUGGGAAAGCCUUUAGUUGUUCCUCAGCCCUCAUUACACAUAUAAGGACUCACAGCGGAGAGAGGCCUUAUGAAUGUAAGGAAUGUGGGAAAGCCUUUGUUCAGCUCUCACACCUCACUACACAUAUAAGGACUCACAGUGCAAAGAGGCCUUAUAAAUGUAAGGAAUGUGGGAAAACCUUUUGGUGUUCCUCACACCUUACUACACAUAGAAGAAUUCACAGUGGAUAGGCCUCAUGAGUGUAAGGGAUGUAGGAAAGCCUUUAGUCAUUCCUCACACCUCACUUGACAUAUACGAACUGACAGUGGAGAGACUAGUCUGUCUCAACACUGGAGUGUUUCAUCCUUACUGCUAUAAUUUCAAACAAUUUUUUGAAAGUCUGCUAUUGAAGAACAAAGUUUCUUGGUGAGUAACAAAGCAAUACUAAUUUAAAGAAGGGGUCAUUAGAGCUAUUUUGUGCCUUUGGGAAAAAUGACAGUUUCAUUGUAACUGUGGGGCUGUCCUCAGUAUUUGUUACUUUCUUAAAGUCUUUGGCUAUUACAAGUAAGGCUGCAGGGAAUAGCCUUGAGCAAAUGUGGUUUUAUAUAUUAAUGUUUUUAAUUGAUGUUAUUUGCAUACAGUUAAACACACUGGUCUUGUAUAUGCUUUGAGUAUUUUGUUUUCAUAUUUAACACAUUUUUUUCCAUUUUUUUCCUAUUGUAAAGUUAAUUCUUUUAUCCUUUAUAAUUGGUAAGUUUUUCAUAGGACGAUACUUUGAGACUGCAUAUAUUUUGUUUUUCUUUGUAUUUUUGUCCUACAAAUUUUGGUGUCCAUUGAUAAUUAUUACCUAUGAUUAUCAUUACUGUGGUGUUUACCAAAUGGUCUGUUGUUCCAAUCAUUUCUGCUACAUUUAUUAAUUGGAAUUCUGAAAGUAGUACCUUCCUCUUCUCUCCCCUUUAUUAAACUGUUUGUAACAGUAUAGGCUAAUGCAUAUUACUUUUUUAAUUCCGUUUCUUGCUCAAAUAGUCCCAGGUUUGGUUAUUGGGAGCUCCCUUAAAUAGGUUCCUUUUUUUAAAAAAAAUAUUCCCGUUAUAAUUUGUACAUUCCUUUUACCAGUGUUCAAUGCUUACCUUGUCCUUUUCUUGCCUGUGGUCUGGAAUCAGACUUUUCUCCAAGAAACCUUGGUUCCUUUUGUUGGAGAAUGAUAUUUAGAAACAAAGAUCUGAGCAUUUAGGCAUGCUUAUUGCUACUGGGCCCUCAAAGAAGAAAGAUCUAGGAAAUGUAUGUGUAUGAGUUUAGAUAUACAAAGACUCAUACUAUUUAUUUUUAUAUGUAGAUAUAUAUUUAAAACCACAAGGUGAUAUCUAUAUCUCUGAUUCUAGUCUACUACAGGGUUCAUUUUACUCUUUAUAUAUUACUCCUUUCUCCAACAGUAAUACUUCUGGUUUCAUUACCCACAACACAUAUUUGCUGAAUCUUAGAAUAUACAUAUUUUCAGAAUUGCUAACUGUAAGUUGAUGAAGCACCUUGCAGAAAGCAGUUUGGCCUUUGUUCAAGGUUCCUAAGAGUCGGACUGCAGCAAAGGCUAAUCAGUGAGGGUGGGUAAGAUUAGACAGACCACCUGGUGGACUAAUAUUAACCCCUUGAGGCAUAAUUUAGCUUAUCUUACAGGACUGGCCAAUAAAAGCGUGGAAGUUGGAGCCUUAAGGUAACUUCCCAGUUGGUGAGAAACAUCCAUCCAUGUGGAGGGUAGCAUGUCCUAGGGACAUGGAAACUCUGUGCUGGGACUUUCCCAGAAUUCACCACAUACAUCUCUAAAUAUGUAUUGUUUUUUGUGGUAUUAAAGCGUCAUUAUAGGGAUGGCCUUUUAAUUCUGUGAGUCAUUCCAGUGAAUUGAACUGAAAGGAAACUCAGAAGUAAGGGGACUGGGUGCCCCUGAUCUUGAGUCUGGUAUUCUAAGGGGGUUAGAGGGAACCCCCAGACUUCUAGCCACCAGAUCAGAAGUUGGAGGUCAUUCAGACCGCUAAACUUUUGCAGCUGGUGUCUGUCUGGCAGUAUGAAGGUUGGUAUCCUUUUAACUUGUGAGGUCUGGCCUAGCCCCAAGUGGCUAGAGUCAGAGAGAUAAUCCUGUGUGGAUGGCUGGUGUCAGAACUAAACAAGGACAGAAAUCUGAGAUUUCCAUGACACAGCUGGCACAUGAAGUGGGAUUUCUUAUUUUACUUGGCAUAGAUAGUAAGUAGUUGAAGCCAUUAAGCUGUAUCUAACCUUAAAACUAAUGUCUCAACUAUUGUAUUACAGGAUUGGUGGAAUAUUAAUGAGGGUUGGAAAAUGGGUUGAAGGAGACUGAUGUCUGUAAGUCAUAAGAACUCAAUUUUUAAUGAAUAAAUAUGUGCAUACAUAUAGAGGCAAUCAGGCAUAGACUUCCUCAGUUUCAUGUCUCUCCUUACAAGUUUUUGCUCCCAUACCCAUCCACUCCAUACUUUGCUUCUAAGUGAACAGUUUGGCAGUCUCAUCAUCUCUGGGUUCCCUCCCUUCUUUUUUGAUCCGUCAUAUCGUCAAUCACUUACUGUCUCCAGUAUCUUCUGUAUGUCCUGUCUCUUAUUUGCCCUUAGUAUCAAUAUCAGCAUCUUUCCAACCUAAUUGGACCCUCUUCUGGCUAGCUUUCACCCUUUUCACAAUCCUCAUGUUUAAACUCGUUUGAAAAGGUGUUAUAGCCACUCAUGUUCUUGGCUUCAACCACCAACCCAAUCAACUCCCAUAUGUCCACAUCUCAGACAAAGAUCUCUGAAGGGAGGAAGAAUGAAUAGGUGGAGCACAGGGAUUUUUAGGGCAAUGAAAUUAUUCCAUAGGAUAUGGUAAUGGUGGACACAUGACAUUAUGCAUUUCUCAAAACCCAUAACACUACAACACAAAGAGUGAACCCUGACAUAAUCUUUAGUUCAAAAUAAUGUAUCAAUAUUGACUUGCUAAUUGUAAAAAAUACACCACACACCACAGAAAUGAAAGAUGUUAAUAGGAGAAGCACUGUGGGUGUAGGAGCAGGUACAGGAGGACUCUGUACUUUAUGUACAUUUUUUCUGUAAACAAACUUCUCUAAAAAUAAAAUCUAUUUUAAAACAACAAAAAUGGUAUCCCAUUUUUAAGUUUUUACAACAAAGGCUGCAUAAUUUUUUGAAGUUACUUGUAUUUUGCUUUCUAUGAACUUAUAUUUUGUUUUCUGUGAA